AUGGGACCUCGCAGGAAGCGCCAGCGUCUCUCCGCAGACGGCGCAGAAGCUGUCACGGCCACUGCCGACACAGAACAAGCUCCGAACGGCAGCUCCGCAACGAACGGGACACCCAGCAAGGAAGACCACAAGCACCGUCGCUCCCUCUUCGUGCGAUCGCUGGCACCCACGGUAACGACAGAGGACCUUACCGAGCACUUUUCCGAGUCGUAUCCUAUCAAGCAUGCCACUGCUGUGCUUGACUCCACCACGAAGCAAUGCAAAGGUUAUGGAUUCGUUACUUUUGCGGAUGCGGAGGAUGCGCAAAGAGCGAUGGAGGAGCUGAAUGGCUCGGAACUGAAAGGCAAGAAGAUCAAGAUCGAAGUGGCCCAGCCGAGGCAUCGUGAUGUGGAGGUUGAUCCCACAGGUCAGCUGAAGAGCGUCUCAACCGCCGCUGCUAAGGCGAAGGAAGAGCGCGAGAAGCAGCGGAAAGAGCAAGUACCACCGAGGCUCAUAAUACGGAAUCUGCCGUGGAGUAUUAAGGAACCGGAUCAGCUGGGUAUGCUCUUCAGGAGCUAUGGCAAGGUCAAGGCUGUCAACCUACCCAAGUCGCAUACAGGACAGUUGAAGGGGUUCGGAUUUGUUCUGCUACGAGGGCGGAAGAACGCCGAGAAGGCUAUGCAAGGCCUCAACGGCAAGGAGAUUGAUGGCAGGACAAUUGCUGUCGACUGGGCCGUGGACAAAGACACCUGGCAGGAACUUCAGAAGAAGGAACAGAAUGGGGAGGUGCAGGACAAGGAUGGUGAUGAGCAGGCCGAGAGUUCCGACAACGGAUCUGCCGCUGCUUCCGAGUCCGAGGAGAACAGUGAGGUGGAUGAAGACGAAGACGACGACGAUGAGGACGACUCGGCAGAAGAGUAUGAUGAGAACGAUGAGUAUGAAGACAUCUCAGACAGCGAUGUUGGGGGUGUGGACGUGGAAGAUGAGCCGCCGAAACCAAGCAAACCCCAGUACACUCUCUUCAUCCGCAAUCUCCCCUUCUCCGUUACCGACGAAAGCUUAAAGGAGCAUUUCACGCAAUUUGGACCUAUACGCUAUGCAAGGAUAGUCAUCGAUCAUGAAACGGAAAAGCCGAGAGGCACAGGUUUUGUGUGCUUCGUCAAUGAGGAGGAUAUGAUCAACUGUCUGAAGGGAGUCCCGAGGGUAAGGUUAACCCAGAAGACCAACGAGAAGAAGGAUGGAUCUUCCAUCACAGUGACGCACUCUGUGCUCGAAGACCCAGAUGCAGAUGCGACUGGCAGAUAUACCAUCGACGGCCGCAUCCUCCAGAUCACCAAGGCCGUCGACCGCAACGAGGCCGCACGACUCACAGCCGAAGGUGCGGAAUCUCGCUUCAAGCGUGACAAGGACAAGCGUCGCCUCUAUCUUCUCUCCGAAGGCACCAUCACUCCAGGAACACCUCUCUACGAGCAACUACCCCCCUCUGAAAGGGCGAUGCGCGAGGCCAGCGCUAAGCAGCGUCAAAAGCUGAUCCAAAGCAACCCUUCCCUUCACCUCAGCCUCACGCGUCUCUCGGUCCGCAACAUCCCCCGCAGCAUCACAAGCAAGGACCUCAAACAACUAGCCCGCCAAGCCGUCGUCGGAUUCGCAGAAGACGUCAAAAACGGAAAGCGUGCUCGACUCUCCAAGGAGGAGCUCGCCCGCGGAGGCGAAGCCAUGAUCCUCGCGGAAAAGAUGCGCAAAAAGCAAGGAAAAGGCAUCGUCAAACAGGCCAAGAUCGUCUACGAGACGCCUGAAGGUAGUAAGGUAUCUGAGAAGACGGGCGCGGGUCGCAGUCGCGGCUACGGCUUCAUCGAAUACUACACACAUCGGAAUGCGCUGAUGGGUCUGCGGAAGCUGAACGGGUAUGCCGUGGAUUAUCGCGUCAAGGGUGAAUUACCUAAAGGGAAGAAGGCGGCCAAGGAGGAGCUGGAAGACCGCAAGAAGCGCCUCAUUGUCGAGUUUGCGAUUGAGAAUGCGAACGUUGUGAAGAGGCGGUCUGAGCGCGAAAAGCAGACUCGGGAGCAGCCCAAGGGGAAGACGGAUGAAGGUGCCACGGCGGCACCGGGUCGGGGCAAGCAUCAGAAGGACCGGUUGAAGAAGCGGAAGCGCGAAGAGGACGAUGCAGUGCAGGACGGGGGAAGCGGGAAGGCGGGGAAGCGGGCGAGACGGGGUGGAACGAAGGGACAGAAAGGUGCGGAAUCGGCUGAUGGUGCUUCCGAGAAAAAGGAGAAGGACGAGGGCAAGGGAAGGGUCAAGGAUGAGAAGGUGGCGCUACGUUCGCGUAUCAUACAGAAGAAGAGGAUAGCGAGGCGGGCGAGGAAGGCUGGGAAGGCAUGA